CGCCCGCGCGCUUCGGCGGAGCCGCUCGCUGCGCCGCGCCGUCGCCGAGCCGCACCGCACCGCACCGCACCGCACCGCACCGCGGCCGCUGAGGUAAAAAGCGUCUCGACAGCCUGGCGGGAAGGUGGCUCCUUUGAGGGACGAUGAGCGCGGGGCUCUAGACAUGGUUUGCAGUUGGGCCCGGCUGGCGCUGUCUGAAUGAAGCUAUGGGCUGCGCGUCAGCCAAGCAUGUUUCUACUGUUCAAAACGAAGAGGAAACUCAGAAAGGCAAAAACUACCAGAACGGCGAUGUGUUUGGGGAUGAGUAUAGGAUCAAACCAGUGGAAGAGGUCAAAUACAUGAAAAAUGGGGGCGAAGAUGAUCAGAAAAUAGCAGCCAGGAACCAAGAGAACUUGGAAAAAAGCGGCAGCUCCAACGUAAGACUUAAAUCCAAUAAGGAGAUCCCGGGAUUAGUACAUCAACCCAGAGCAAACAUGCACAUCUCCGAAAGCCAACAGGAAUUCUUCAGGAUGCUCGACGAGAAAAUUGAAAAGGGUCGUGACUACUGUUCAGAAGAGGAGGACGUCACAUAGUGCCCGCUCUGCCAAGCGAAGCAGGAAUAUGACUGUGUAAAUAGACUACAACCCCGCCAAGACCUUUGGGAAGUCUUCUAGAGCGAACAGCACUACAUAACGCAAGAAGAUCAUUUCCACAUUAUAUGCUCCAUUCAGUUACAGUGUUUCUUACUGACCAGACGAGGAAUAUCGCUAAGAACUCGUAUGGGACCGUUUCUGUUGCUGCUAGUUAAAACUUGUCGCAACUUUCCACUUUUUUUCCGUGUCCAGAUAUGCAGCAAAUCCUUAAGGUUAAGCUGAAAGACGGUGUUGAUUUUGUUGAGGCUCCGGGCCGGUUUGCUAGCAGACGAGGUAGCGUUUACACCAAGCCUCGGCAAGCGCCCAGCGAAGGGGCCGAGGAGCACCCGUCGGCUGCGUGCCGGGCCACGGCCGGCCCGGGGCGCUUGGUCACGCUGGGGAUUUCGAGCUUUGGAGACGGGAGGUUUUGCCACAGCAGGCCUUGGCUCCCCGCUGGGAAGCAGCGGAGAAACUCGUAUCCAUUAAAAGCAUGUUAUCACUGAAAUACUGGAAGCGAUGCAGGAGCAGGGAUUUGUAUUUUAAAAGAGGAAAAAAGAGUUUUCAUUUACUAGGUAUCUUAAUCGAGGACUACGCUUGCAGUAUUGGCUUUGCUGAGCACGAACGGGAGUGUGACCGCAAUCAUUUUGAAUCUCUUUUUUUCUAAGAAAAUAAACAUUUUACUGUUUUUAUGUA